GUGGAGUGCAUAAACACACACCUGCAUGACUGACUGAGGUCACCUUUACCUUCUUUGUUUUUCACCAACAUUUCACUGAUAAAAUCAAACAAUCACUCAGUUAGCACCAUCGGGAGCAAGGUGAGUAAACGCCACAGAGCUGGCAGGCUGCCAUUGGAACAAAGCAGGAGAGCCAGCGCAAUGACAGAGGAAAGAUCUGGAGGAUUUCUACACUAAAGGAGAGGAUGACCAACAAAAGGGAUUUAAGUCUGCUCUUUUUGCUGUGCCAAGUCCAGUGUUUUGCCUUUCUGGCUGCAGCAGAAAUGUCGCCAUGUUGCUUAAACAACAGAAUCAACUCCUCCAAUAAUGAAAUCACAAGAAGCACACAGCUAGAGAAUAACUCUGAACUGGUCCUGGAGCAGCUCCCCACCAUUCAGUUUGCACGUGUGUCUGGCUGUUUGAAACGUAAGAAGAGAGAGUGGGUUAUUCCAGCUAUUCACUUUCCAGAAAAUGAAAGGGGGUCAUACCCCAAAUUGAUGGUGAAGAUCAAGUCAAACAAUGAUGAAAAGGUGGCGAUCACCUACAGAAUCACAGGACCAGGGGCUGACCACCCCCCCGAGGGUGUCUUUACUGUCGACCGGCGAUCUGGGGUGCUGUAUGUGACCCAGCCCCUGGACAGGGAGAGUACAGCCAAAUACACUCUGUGGGCCCAUGCACUGGAUGAGGGUGUAAAGGCUGAGGAGCCCAUGGAGCUCAUUAUCCACGUCAUUGACCAGAAUGACAACGCUCCAGCAUUUACUCAAAACCCUUUCUAUGGCAGAGUGAGUGAAAGCGCGAAAACUGGUGAGUCUGUCAUAAAGGUUGUAGCAGUGGAUAAAGAUGACCCACAGACAAACAAUGCUAUGGUUAGAUACAGUAUAACGGCUCAGAUGCCCACAGAGGACAUGUUUGCCAUAAACCCAGUGAGUGGGGUGAUCAGGGUAAAAGCAGGCGUACUGGACAGAGAGACUCAGCCAGAAUACAAGCUGCUCAUUCAAGCGGCUGAUAUGGAGGGGGAGGGGCUAAGAACCACCUGCACUGUCAUCAUUAAGGUCACUGACAGCAACGAUAAUGCUCCACAGUUCACCGUCACAUCUUUAUCAACAUCAGUCCCUGAGAAUGAGGCUGGAGUGGAGGUUAUAAGACUAAAGGCCACUGACAAGGAUGAGUUAGGAUCUCCAAACGCCAACACCAUAUACUCAAUAAUCAAAGGCAACGAGAGGGGAGACUUUAACAUCACCACAGGCUCCGGUAAAAUGGAGGGAAUCAUCAAAACAGCCAAGGAGCUGGAUUUUGAGAGCGUUCCUGUCUUUACUCUGCUGGUGGUGGUGACCAAUGAGGUGCCGUUUUCUGGACGGGUGUCCACCUCGACAGCCACAGUGACUGUUGCAGUGGUGGACAAAAACGAGCCUCCUGUUUUCAGGCCGGCAGAGAUUUAUGUAAGCAUCUCAGAGGAUGAGAAAACAGGGAGUUCUGUGGCUGACCUCAAAGCAAAGGAUGAAGACACAGCUAGGAAACAGAGUGUUAGAUAUAAACUACACCAUGACACAGCCAGGUGGCUGAGUAUUGAUAAAGACUCAGGAUCUGUCAAAGUUAAAAGCAACAUGGACAGAGAAUCACACUACGUCACAGACAGCAAAUACACAGUCCUAGUUUUGGCUUACGACAAUGAUACCGUCCCAGCUACAGGGACAGGUACUCUGGUUGUGACUUUAUUAGAUGUGAAUGACCAUCGUCCUGUAAUCAAGCAGAGGAGAGCCAGUCUAUGCAAUAUUGACCCUUUUCCUGCCCUGCUGGAUAUCAUAGAUGUGGACGGACCUGGUCAUGCUGGGCCCUUUACUGUGGAGCUUCAAGGAGAGCACAGAAUCAACUGGACUAUCAGCACCAAUUCCACAAACAGUGUGGCAGCCCUGGCUCCCAAACGGGAGUUGCCCCCUGGAGACUAUAGUGUGCUGAUGCGUAUUUAUGACGUCGGCAUGAUCUACAAAGACAGCACCCUGGAUGUAGAAGUGUGCCAGUGUCAAGGCGCUGUCACUACCUGCUUCAUCCCACGCUCUGCCCCUCAUCUGCACGGUUCCUCUCUCGCCACAUCAGUUCUGGGAACAAUUUUCGGUCUUCUGCUGCUGCUCUUGCUGCUGCUGCUGUUGCUGAAAAGAAGGAGGAGGUCAGAAAAGGAUUUUCCUCUCCUUGAAGAUGUACCCAGGGACCACAUCUUCUGCUACGAUGAGGAGGGGGGAGGUGAAGAGGACCGGGAGUAUGACCUCAGUCAGCUCCACAGAGGCCUGGAUGAUCGUCCUGAAGUCUUCUGCUCUGAUGUGUUCCCUGCUGUCCAGAGACCCCCAUCCUACCGCUUUCAACUCCACGACAACGAAGAGAUUUUCCAUUUAAUUGAGGAUAACGUGCAUGCUGCCGACAGUGACCCCACAGCCCCUCCCUAUGACUCGCUCCUGGUGUUCGACUACGAGGGUGUCGGCUCUGACGCAGGUUCGCUCAGUUCAGUCAACUCCUCGGACUCGGAUGAGGAGCAGGACUUUCAGAGCCUGAGCCUGUGGGGGCCGCCUUUCAGCAGGCUGGCUGACCUGUACACGGGGGGGGUGGACGACGACACAGAAACACUGCCAGGAGUAACAGAAUGGGUCUGACAGAGAUCUUAUAAAUAUGUGUCCAUCUGCCAGAGGUCCUCACAGUGAUUCUUUCUGUUGCCUUCUGGGGCCUUUUGGAUGAGAUGCUCAUGCUCUGUUAAUGAGUUAUUCUUAGCGCUCGUGGCUUUGUUUAAUGCAGAAAAUCUACUGGUAGACAAUGACAUUUAAAACGAUAUCAUAUUUAAUAGAAUUUGUGUUCUGAGCCUUUGUUGAUGUUGUCACACUGUUCAAACUACACCUCAGAUAUUUUGUAUUUGACUUGUAUACUAAUCCUGUUUUUCUUUUCAAUUUCUUUUUAAAAUAUGUAGUUACUUUUACCCUCAUCGUAUCCUGUUCUUACACGUUUUAUGAUUAAGUUAAAACAAUUAAAGUUUGUUGUCAUUUAAAAAAAUGUUUUUUUAUUACAUAAAACUAAUUAUAUCAUGCUAUUUGAAUAAAGAGGCUUAGUUGCAGAAUGUUA